CGCUCGGGGAGGGGUCAAGUCCCAGGGGCGGGGCGGGUAGGCUGGCGGCUGCCCCCCAAUAACAGGUGCACAUUCCUGGGCGCCUCGUCACUUCCCCUGCGCUGGCUGUCCUGGCGGCUCACCCAAGCGGACUCACUGAGCGACGCGGGCGGGCUAUGAUCCCAGGGGCGCUGCUGCUGCUGCUGGGGGCGUUGGGGGCGCCGUUCGCCCCGGGCGCCCGCGGCUCAGAGGCGGAGGGCCGACUCCACGAGAAACUUUGCUCGGGCUAUGAUAGCUCGGUGAGGCCGUCGUGGGAGGUGGGAGACUGCGUCGGGGUCAGCAUUGGUCUCAGCCUAGCGCAAUUAAUCAGCCUGUACGAGAAGGAUGAGGAGAUGAGCACAAAGGUCUGCUUAGACCUGGAGUGGACUGACUACAGGCUGAGCUGGGACCCUGAGGAGCAAGAGGGCAUCGAUUCACUCCGCAUCACUGCCGAAUCCGUGUGGCUACCAGACGUGGUGCUCCUAAACAACAACGACGGAAAUUUUGAUGUUGCUCUGGACAUCAGCGUCAUGGUGUCGUCCGACGGCUCCGUGCGCUGGCAGCCCCCGGGCAUCUAUCGCAGCAGCUGCAGCAUCCAGGUCACCUACUUCCCCUUUGACUGGCAGAACUGCACCAUGGUGUUCAGUUCCUAUAGCUAUGACAGCUCAGAAGUCAGUCUGCAGACCGGGUUGGGUCCCGAUGGGCAGGAGCGGCAGGAAGUGCAUAUUCAUGAAGGCAACUUUAUUGAGAAUGGUCAAUGGGAGAUUAUUCACAAGCCUUCUCGGCUAAUCCAGCCUCCAGUGGAUCGUAGGGGAGGGGGGGAAAGGCGGCAUGAAGAAGUCACCUUGUACCUCAUCAUUUGCCGGAAGCCUCUCUUUUACCUGGUCACCGUCAUUGCCCCAUGCAUCCUCAUCACUCUUCUGGCCAUCUUCGUCUUCUACCUGCCACCAGAUGCAGGAGAGAAGAUGGGGCUCUCGACCUUUGCCCUGCUGACCCUUCCUGUGUUCCUGCUGCUGCCGGCAGACAAAGUGCCUGAGACCUCCCCGUCUGUCCCCAUGAUUAUCAAAUACCUCAUGUUUACCAUGGUCCUCGUCACCUUCUCAGUCAUCCUUAGCGUCGUAGACCUCAACCUGCACCAUCGCUCACCCCACACCCACCAAAUGCCCCUUUAGGUCCGUCAGGUAAGAAGAUCUCCUCUCCAACCUGUGUUAACUCUCAAUCCUAGUAUUUGGCUUUUUGUCCAGGUAUCGCUCCUCCCUCCCACCAACUUCAACCUUCCCUUUCACAGACCUGAGGGAGAACUACAACUCCUGGUAGAGUGUCAAAGUGCCAAGGUCUUUGGGUGUCCCCCUCCAAUACGCCUCUUCUUCUACUCAGCAGAUCUUAUCCACAAACUCCCUCCGUAUCUGGGUCUGAAGAGACCCAAACCUGAGAGAGACCAGAAACCGGAGCCACCUCCUAUACCUCUCAGGGAUUCUCCAGGAAGUGGCUGGGGUCGGGGAACAGAUGAAUAUUUCAUCCGCAAGCCACCAAAUGAUUUUCUCUUCCCCAAACCCAACAGGUUCCAGCCUGAACUGUCUGCCCCGGCCCUGCGGCGAUUUACCGAUGGUCCACACCGGGCUGUGGGCCUGCCUCCCGAGCUACGGGAGGUCGUUUCCUCAAUCAGCUACAUCGCUCAACAGCUGCAGGAACAGGAGGACCACGACGCGCUGAAGGAGGACUGGCAGUUUGUGGUCAUGGUGGUGGACUGCCUCUUCCUGUGGACCUUCAUCAUCUUCACGAGCGUCGGGACCCUCGUCAUCUUUCAGGACGCCACGUACCACUUGGCCCCUCCCGACCCCUUUCCUUGAGGACGAGAGGGCCGAGACCGAGGUCCUCGGCCAGUUGAAUUGAGAGUUUGGUAGGACUCUCAAGUCCUAUCCCUUUCUGCAUCUUAACUCCUUCACUAGGAGUCCAAUCCUCUCAUCAUUUCGUUUCUAGGGAGGAAGCCCAAGUGGGACUGGGCAGAUGGGGGCCUUGGGCCCACCUGAAAUGCACUAUCCGCUUAUUUACUCUUUGGCUUCUUGAAGAAGCUCCAUUGGAUAUUCACAUCUAGGUUGGCAAUGAAUGGAACAAAGAACAAGAACUAGAUUGUAAGCCUUCUGAGGGCAGGAACUAUGUCUGUUCACUGUAAUAUCCCCAGCACCUAGCACAGAUCCUAACCUAUACAGCCGGUACCUCUGGUUGAAUGAACAGGGAAAUUUUUUUUCUGUAAGGAAAUACACUAAGUAACAGUGUUUAUGUUUGCAUGUUGGGACCAGUGGUCGUUUUUUCUUUGUUUUUACCUUCCUGUAGUUUAUUGUAUUUUGUAAUAUCUUUAGAAAAAAAAAAAGUUUAUUUCUAAAAGGAUGCAUUUGUGAUGAGGAUAAAAAAGCACACUGUAAAAACCUCAAGUUCCAGCUUUGGUGCUCAAACUUUGGACAAGCUACUAAACUGCCCUGUGCCUCAGUUUCCCCAUCUGUAAAAUGAAGCUAAUAAUAGUAUCUGC